AAAAUAAACAAAAUCCCUGAAGAUCAAAAUGAGCGAAACUGAAACCAGAGAAGAUAAUGUUUUCAUGGCCAAGCUUGCUGAACAAGCUGAAAGAUAUGAUGAAAUGGUCCAAAGCAUGAAGAGAGUCGCCCAAUUGGAUGUUGAAUUGACUGUUGAGGAAAGAAAUCUCUUGUCUGUCGCAUACAAAAACGUUAUUGGUUCCAGACGUGCUUCAUGGAGAAUUAUCAACUCUAUUGAACAAAAGGAAGAAAGCAAGGGAAAUUUACAUCACGUUGAAAAGAUCAAGAAAUACAGAACAAAGGUUGAACGUGAAUUAACUGACAUCUGUAAUGAUAUUUUGGAAAUCUUGGACCAACACUUGAUUCCAUCAAGCCAAUCUGAUGAAUCUAAAGUCUUCCACUACAAGAUGAAGGGUGACUACCACAGAUAUCUUGCUGAAUUCACUACAGGUGAUUCUAGAAAGGAAGCUGCUAACAACUCCUUGGAUUCUUACAACACUGCCACCAAGGUUGCCAAGGAACUCCCAACUACCCAUCCAAUCAGAUUGGGUUUGGCCCUUAACUUCUCUGUUUUCUACUAUGAAAUUUUGAACUCACCUCAAAGCGCUUGCCAAUUGGCCAAGAAGGCUUUCGAUGAUGCUAUCGCUGAAUUGGACAGUCUUACUGAAGAAUCCUACAAGGAUUCUACACUCAUUCUUCAAUUGUUGAGAGACAACUUGACUUUGUGGACAUCUGAUAUGCAAGAAGAAAAGAAUGAUGGAACUAAAGUUGAAGAUGCUGAGGAUGACGAGCAAUAAAUUCAUUAGAAUGUAACAUACCGUUUAAUCACGUUUCCUAACUCUAUUACUAUCCAUAUCUAUUGCUAAGCAACAAUAUUUUAACUCACCCGAUUAUAAGUGAACCGGGUGUAAAAUAAAAUAAUAACGCAAACUCAUCAUUAUUA